AGAAAAGACUUACCCGUAAGUGUCAAGUGCAGUGCUUUCUGGUUUCUCUUCUCUUCUCUAAACCCUCUCCUCUUGGUCUGCUCUACUUCUCUCUCUCUCUCUCUCUGUGAACUGUAAGUGUUGCUUCACAUCAUUCCAAGGAGAUGGAUCACCAAGAUCAGAGCAAUCUUCACACACCAGGGAAUGAGGGCCAUGGAGUCUAUGUCUGUCGCAAAUGUGGUUGGCCCUUCCCAAACCCGCACCCCAGCGCCAGACACAGACGAGCGCACAAGAGGAUUUGCGGAACUGUUGAAGGCUACACUCUGGUUGACUCAGAGGAGACUGUUUCUGAUGAUGAGCGCCUCUCUGAUGAAGAUCACAAACUCCCUAGUCCUAAAGUAUUGGAGACAAGUAACAGUGGGAAGGGUAGUGGUGGAAUUGGGGAAAGAUCAAAUAGAUCAGAAGAUGAACUAUAUUCGGAUGCUGCUACAGAAUUUUUAGAUAGUAGUGGUUCAGGAAUUGAAGAACGAUUUGAGGAUGUUCGAGAAUCAGCAACUAAUGUGGACAAGGGUGCCAACGACGAUCCGAACGUCAGCCAAUCAUUUGAGGAUGGUGGCAUAGCUGAUAUUAUUCAACCACCAAAUAUUUCAAUGGAUAGCAGCCAAAUGGGAAAUCCUGAAGUUCCUGAAAGUACAACAAAUCAGUUGGGGAGUACACCACAGUCAAGCUCUACUAUCAGUUCAAUGACAAGUUCUAUUUCAGACUGUAUAACUGAAGAAUCAGUUGUAUGCAGUCAUGAUAGGAAAGGUCCACCCAGUGACUCAAAUGCUAUAAAGCCUGAAAGUCCGACAGAUGCGUUACAAGAAAAUGAGAAGACCAAUGCUAGUGAGGAUGUUACCAAAUGGUCUUUGGCAUAUGUUGCACAGGAGACUGAUACGAAGGGAACUGGAGAAACUAAUUUAGAUAGAAAUGUAACAGACUCUAUGGUCUCACCCAGUAGAUUUGCUGGCGAAUCAUUUGAGACAGUGUCAAAGUUGGAAGAAACAGUUGGAAAAGCUCCAGAUCCUGUGCCAGCUGAUAUAGCUGUUGAGUCAGAGGAAGAGCAUGAUGACGGUUCCAGUUCUAAGAUGAGCCAAAAUGAUCUUGCCCCUGAAGUUGAUUCUUCUGAUCAUGUGAGUGCUUCUAUUGGUAAUUCUCAAGUCAAGGUGGAUGCUCCACAAGAAGUAAACCAUGCCAGUUCUGGAUUUUUAAUUGAUGGUGGCAACAUCAAGGAGGAAGGGAAUGACAAUAUAGAUGUCCUCUCUGUGCCUGGUGAUUCUGCUAAUCAAGUGAAUGCUGCUAUUGAUGCUUCUCAAGUUAUGGGGGGUGCUGCAGAAGGAAUUCCCUAUGCCAAUUCUGGUAAUAUAAUUGAGGGUUGCAACAGAAAGGAAGAAGGAAAUGAAAAUGUAAAUAUUCUCUCUGUGCUUGAUGAUACAUCAAUAAUAGACCCUCCUGAGAACAUCGUUGAAGAUUUAAAAGAAAAUAAAGGUGUUAGGCUGCAGGAAUAUGCAAUCCUAGAUUCAUGUGCAAAAAUUGCAGAUAAAGAAGAUGGUGCUGAAGAUUCUGCUUCUGAGGAGAAUUCUUCCACUUUCCAGUCAAGACAAUUGAGUGAAGGAACUGAGAGGCCUUCUUCAGAUAUUCUGGACGACAGUGGUGAACGAGAAGGUGGGAGAAGCAAGACUGUAGUUAAUGAAGUGCUUGUUGAGGAGGAAGCUGAUGUGUCUCCGAUCAAGGUCACAAUUGAUGAAAUAGGAGCCUCUGUGAAUUCUUCCACUUUCCAGUCAAGGCAAUUGAGUGAAGGAACUGAGAGGCCUUCUUCAGAUAUUCUGGAGGACAGUGGUGAACGAGAAGGUGGGAGAAGCAAGACUGUAGUUAAUGAAGUGCUUGUUGAGGAGGAAGCUGAUGUGUCUCCGAUCAAGGUCACAAUUGAUGAAAUAGGAGCCUCUGUGAAUUCUUCCACUUUCCAGUCAAGGCAAUUGAGUGAAGGAACUGAGAGGCCUUCUUCAGAUAUUCUGGAGGACAGUGGUGAACGAGAAGGUGGGAGAAGCAAGGAUGUGGUUAAUGAAGUGCUUGUUGAGGAGGAAACUGAUUCGUCUCCGAUCAAGGUCACAACUGAUGAAAUAGGAGCCUCUGUGGAAGUUGUGGCCCAAGACAUUGAUGAAAAUCACAUGGUCCGGACUCAUGAAGAGCAAGAGAUCAAUAAUAUUCGCAAUAAUGAAAUACAGGUGAAUUUUCCAGAAAAUACUACAAAGUUCUCAUCUGAUGCUGGAAUCAACCAAGCAACAAACCUACUUGGCGUGGAUGAUGCUGGUAACCGUGAGGAAGCUUGGACUGAAGGAUUUGAUGCUAUUGGAGAUAACAAUGGAAUAGGUGCUACAGAGAAAGAUUAUACCAAGAUCUCAACAUCAAAUUCUAAAUCGGCUGGUAUUCUCUCUGAAUCCUUAGUUGAUCCAACAUUGGACUUACCUCAAGGUGAUGAAGCUGGUGUUCAUGAAAAGGGAAAAAUUGAAAAGUGUGAUAUAGGCGGAAUUGAAACCCGGGAAGGACCUAAAGAGGAUGAACUUUCAAUGAAGUCAAAACUGACUUUUGAAUCCACUAGCAAUUUUCAUGAAUCGCAAACUGUUGCAGAUGACAUAGUUGAUGGGUCUGUGAAGAAGUUACCAGAACAUGAAUGCUUGCAUUUGGAUGAGGUUUCAUAUUCAAGCAUAGUUGGCAACAAUAGUUUUUCAGAUGCUGGCAUAAAAGAAGAUGAAUUCAGUGGCAAUGAUAAAGUGGAAGUAGAAUCUCUUGGAGUCAGUGCUGCUAAUGAGUCAUAUCAUGGUGGAGAGGUCAAUUCAUUGCAGAAGACUUUGGAAGACCAAAUGAUAAAAGAAUCACAUAUCUCUCCUUUAGAGACCGAACCUUCUGUUCAAAGUUCUGAUGCUGUUGAAGAUAACCAUGCUAGAGAGUUUGGUGGGGGUGCUUCUGUAAUCACUUCGGAGUCUUUGGAAGGUGAUAGUAACUUUGUUAAGCAACAGAGUGCUGCAUCUGCAGUUGAUGUUGCAGUUGACUCGUUUAGCCAAACUGAUAGUUUGGAAGGCAACUGGGGGUCUGUUUCAGUGCUUUCUAUCCAAUCAGAUGCACCAGGAGUUAGUGAAGCUGAAGCUUUUCCAUCAUCUGAUUCCCUAGCAUUGACAGAAGCAGAAAAAUCCCACUUGCAGAAGCCCAAAGCAGCACCUGGGGGACAGCAUUCUGACAAUAUGUUUGAGGCACCAUCUUUCAUGACAUUAGUUGAAUCAAAAGAUGGGAGUGACCAAAAGACGGGUGCUUCCGAAAUUCAAACAGGACAGAAUCCGCAACAGCAGUCCUCAUCUUUGCAGGCGGGGUGGUUUCCUUCUCUUACUAAUGUUGUGAAUGAAUCACAGGGGAGAAAGAAGAACGAAGAGAUUAUUGCCAAGGUAACAAACUGGAGUACCGGAAAGCAACACACUCCUUUAAAAAGCCUUUUGGGUGAGGCUUCCCUUGAAAGCAAAGCAAAGUCAAAGAAACCAAAAGAAACUCCAGCUCCUGCAAUUCAGAAAGAUGAAACAGUGGCAAAAGAUAAUGGUGCCAUUGCCACAACAGUAAACUCCAUUUUAGAUACCAAAUCGCCUACAUCUCAGGCUGCUAAGACAGAGACAAAAAGAGAAUGGAACUCCCCAGCUAGAUACCCUUCAGAAAUUAAGAGAGAAAAGAGGAAAGUCAAGGGGAGACCAUAUUGGGUACAAUUUGUCUGCUGCACAUCUAUAAAUUAGAGGAUAUAUUCAAUGUAGUGAGAGUAUAUAAUGGGGAUCACAUCCCACUCAACUUCUCAAUGGUAAAGUUGUGUCGGUGAACUUUUGGUCAUUGGAAACUAGUCUGUUUGAUAGUAGCUUUAAUUUGUACUUUGCGUAGAUUUUAAGGUACCUGUAUUACAUAUUCAUUCUGUCAGCGUUAUACACAACUGUUUGUCUUCGGACUUUUGUUCUUGUGUGUUACGGUUCUUGUUUACCGAGAGCCCUUUUUUU